AGUAGAUGGCGAUAGAAAGCAGCACGCUUGAUGAUGAAUAGCAGAGAAGAAGAUUAAACCACCUUUUCACAGCAGAGGACUGAGCUGAAACUAAACGUUAAUAAAACACUAAGAUAAUGUGAACAGCGGAGGUUAACCUGUGAGGGACCAAUGUUCAGGUGCAACUUGGGAUCAUCAGUGAAGUACUUGGCCUCUCUAUCAGCUCUGGGACGCCAUCACAUCCUGCAAAACAGUCGUUGCUUUUUGUGCAGGAUGUCCACUUCACCAAACCCAGUAGCUGCAGUCUGUCAAGUUACGGCGACCCCAGACAAGGAGGCCAAUUUCUCUGGCUGUAAGCAGCUGCUGGAGGAAGCCAGGCAGCGAGGGGCUUGCAUGGUGUUCCUGCCAGAGGGGUUUGACUACAUUGGAUCCAGCAGAGAGGAGACACUGUCGAUGUCAGAGCCUCUGGGAGGCGACAUAAUCUCCCGAUACACUCAGCUUGCCAGGAAGCUGGACGUGUGGCUGUCUCUGGGAGGAUUUCAUGAACGAGGACACGACUGGGAGAACGACAGACGUAUUUACAACAGCCAUGUUAUCAUUAAUAGCAAAGGUGACAUCCUGUCAGUCUACAGAAAGUCCCACCUGUUUGAUGUGGAGCUGCCGGAGAAAGGUGUGUCACUCAAAGAGAGUGCCUUCACCAUCCCUGGACCCUCCCUGGUUCCUCCAGUCCAGACUCCAAUUGGCAAGGUCGGACUGGGCAUCUGCUAUGAUUUGAGGUUCCCUGAGUUGUCGCUUGCUUUGCAAAGACACGGUGCAGAUAUCCUUACGUAUCCAUCUGCCUUCACGGUAGCAACAGGAGCUGCUCACUGGGAGGUGUUACUCCGUGCCCGUGCAAUAGAAACGCAGUGCUUCGUCCUGGCAGCGGCGCAAGUAGGCCGGCACCAUGAGAAGCGUUCGUCUUACGGCCACGCCUUAGCCGUCGACCCCUGGGGGGAGGUGGUGGGUGACUGUGGAAGGGAGAAGCCAGGGAUGGUGCUGGUGGAGGUCAACCUGGACAAAGUCAGUAGGACCAGGAAGAACAUGCCUGUCCAGCAGCACCGCAGGGACACUGCUUUUUACCACAGUAUGAGUCAAACCUGUUUGUGAUUAAAAGUGGAAAGAUAAAAUUGUCUAUUCAAGCAGGACUGAAUGUCAGAAUUUCACUGAUAAAUAAAUAAGAAUAAAAGCUGUUCCACUUCCUACACAGUCUUGAAAAGUUAGGGUAAGUAAAUUGUUGUAAAUUCAUAGGAAAUAUUUGUACUUAUGUGAUGACUUGCAAACCUGAAGUUAUUGAUUUGAAUUUUGAGUCCUACUGUAAUUAUUUUAAAAUUUUCUUGUAUUUCUAGACUUUAUUCUUUGACAAAGUCAAUCAGAUCUGUUUCCUAUCUGUAAAUGUUACACAUAAUGAUCACUAGAUGGCACUGUUGGACUAAAAGCACUCAGGAUCCCGAGCAAGGUUGGGCAUUUACUGAUACAUAGCAAUUUAAGGUUAUUAGAGGUAUAAUUGCAAUUAAUUUUCUAACUUAAUAGACAUAACAAGAUUUAUAUUAUGAAACCUGUAUGACCAUUUUAUAAAUAAAUGGUUUAAAUUAAA